CUCUCUCAAACCUCCCCCCUUAUUCCCCCCCUCCUCCCCCCCCCCGUUUUCCCACCGCCUCACCUUCAUCUCCGUUUCCUCCCCUUCAGGUCCCCCACCUUCCCAGAGUCACGAUGCUGAAGCGCAUGAGAUCGCGCGUCGUCAAAGGCGGGACCCCCGCCGGCGGCGAGGAGGAGGAAGGCAAUACCUUCAACUUUGAGUAUAAGGUUGUCGUGCACUCGGCCGACAUCGUGGUCGCCGACAAGAAUUGGGUCCCUGAGAAGCUGGUGGUCGAGUGGAAACGUCACCAGCGUAUCGCCGCCACGUCCGGCGUCUCAGCCCCGAAGUUGGCCCGGUCGAACCUCCCCCACUCGAUCGACAUGGCCGACGAGCCGCUGGUCAUGCUGGUCCGGCUGAACAAGCUGGACCCCGCCGGCGAGACGACCGUCUCCCGGACGGCCUCCUCUCCCAGUGGCGGCGCCUUCCAGCCGAAGGACUACAAGUUCUCGCUGGACGACGUGCGCAGCGUCCGCGGCAAGGGCAAGAAGACCCUCGGCAGCGCCACCCUCGACCUGUCGCCCUUCGCCAGCAUCGACGGGUCCACCACGCACGAACACACCAUCACCCUGCAGUCGCAGUCGUCCAAGAUCAAGUCCGGCACCAUUCGCGUCAGCAUCAGCAGCCAGUUCAUCGGCCGCGGUAACCACGACGACUACGAGCCCAGCAUUGCCAGUGCCUUCAGCUUCCGCACGGUCGAUGCCCGAGCCCUGGACAGCAGUGAUGAGGAGGACGACGACGAUGAUGACGGCCCGAGCCUCGCCGACACGCCCAUCACCAUCGAGCAAGACAUUCGCUCGCGAUUCCAUCCGAUCGCCAAGCCAGCCUACUCCGGCGGCGUGUCGACCGAUUCCCUGCCUAGCAGCACUCCGCUGGACUCCUCCCCCGGGGACCUUCAUUCGGCCGGGAGCUCUGCCCUCGGCAUGUCCCCGGAGCCGGCCAGCAGCAACCCCUUCGAGUCGGAUCCGGGCCCCGCGUCGGCGGCCGGCCGCUCGGGCCCCCCCUCCGGCCUGACCCGGGCCCCGGCGAUGGCCCCCGGCGAAGAGCCCUCGGUGGCGCACAUGCACGCCAUUAACACCCCCUCCCCGGGGUUCGAGCCGCUGCCGGCGGACUUUUCCUCGUCCGUGCCGGACCAGCCGAAGAUCCGCGUGUCGGCGCCGACGACGGUGCCCAUUGGCGGCGCCGGAUCGCCGGAACUCGAGGCGCAAAUCCGCGAACUCCGCGAGCAGCUGAGCAAUGUCAUGCGCGAGCGCGACGAGGUCAUCGAGGACUCGCAGCUGCUGGAGCAGCAGCUGUCUCGCCUGCGCGAGCGCCUGGCCGCCGAGUCGGCCCAAGCGCGCUCCGCCAUCCCGGAGCUCAACAAGGAGAUCGAGCGCCUGCGCGAGAAGAAUGGCGCCCUGCAGGAGGAAAUCGCCCGGGCGGCCGCGACGCCGGCCCUGUCGCGCUCAUCGGACAGCCUGGGCAACGCACAGGCCGCGGCCGCGGCCGCCUCGGCCCUGAGCUUGGUCGAGCAGAAGUCCGGGGAGAUUGAGCAGCUCCGCCAGCAGCUGGCCGAGAAGAAUGCCGAAAUCAGCCGGCUGAUGGACGCCACCCAGGAGCGGGACAGCGAAAUCGAGCAGAUGUCCGACGAGCUGGCCGAGAAGACUCGCGCCCUGAAGGCGGCCCAGCAGAAGCUCCAGGAGAAUGAGCGCGCCACCCGGGGCCUGGAGAAGGACGUGGAGGAUGCCCGCCGGCAGGCGGACGAUCUGCGCCGGAACUUCGACCAGCACAAGCUCCGGUCCAAGGCCGACCAGGAUACCGCGCAAACGGCCCUGGCGGCGCAGCUGCAGGCCGCACAGACGGCCCGGCAUGAUGCCGAGCGCCGGGCCCAGGCCCUCGAGGAGGAUCUCGAGCGGUCGGAGCGCGAGGCCGACGAGCAGCUGGCCCAGUUUGAGCAGCGCAUUUCCAAGCUCCGGGCCAAGCAUCACGACGAGGUGAAUGCCCUGCAGGAGGAGCUGGACCGGGUGACCGCGCGCAUGCUCCAUGCCGAGGAGCAGGCCGCGUCGGCCAGCUCGGCCCUCGGCCUGGCCGAUAACCAGGCGGCCCAGGCCGCGGCUCGGGCCCUGGCGGAGUCCGAAAACAUGGAGAGCGCCCGGUCGGCGGCCGAGGCGGCUGCCACCACGGCGCAGCAGGCUCGCGCCGAUGCCGAAGCCGCGGCCCGUGCCACCACCGAGGCCCGGACCGAGGUGGCCAUCCUGCAGCGUGAGCUCCGCGAGGCGGUGCGCGCCCGUGACCAGGCCAUCGAGGACCUGGAGGGCGAGCGCCUGGCGGCGCAGGCUGCCCGCCGGGAGGCCGAGCGUGCCCGCAAGUCCGCCGAGGACCACACGGCCACCAUCUCCUCCCUGCGCGCCGAGCUGUCGCAGACCCACUCGUCGGCCGAGCUGGCCCUCAAGGAGGCCACGGCCGCGGCCCAGGCAUCUGCCCAGCAGAUGGUCGAGGACACGCAGGCGUACGCGACCGAGCUCAUGGGCGAUCUGGUCAUGGCCAAGAUGUCCCUCGCCGAGACGGAGUACGCUCGGGCCCAGGCCGAGCUGAAGAAUCGCUCCAUCGCCCGGGACCUGGCCAAGGAGAAGCUCAAAUCCAUCGAGCUCGGCAAGCGCCUUACCUCGUUGGAGGUUCGGGCGUCUUCGCGCCGGUAAGAAAAGGGGCGCGAAAGGCGUGUAUGUGUGUGUGUGUGGGGGGGGGG